GCAUAAGAGAGAGCUUCAAACCAAUGCUUGACUAACCCAACCUGAUUGACAUUGAACAGUUUGUUAGACUGGAGGUUUACCUAUUCAAGUUCAAACAUCCAGUUUCUCUAAAUAUUCAAACAAAACUUUCCCAGAAACUGAGAUGGUCGCUGUGUUUCUGCUCGUGUGCAUCUCACUGAAGCUGUUCCUUCAGACUCAAGGUCAAAACAUCCAAAAAGCAAAGAUUUAUGGUAUAUCCAGAGAGAUUCCAGAAGGCGAUAACCUUGAGGUAACUUGCAGCACGUUUGGUUAUACAACAAAGAUUAAUGUUUAUUUAUAUCUGUGUCAAAACGGGAAAGCUAUAGAAAUGAAAAGUCAAUGCAAUUACGAAGACACAGUCUUUAGAAUAGAGCAUAUAGAAAAGAACAAGACAGGAAAUUAUAGCUGUGUGUUCUCAGAAGAUCGUUUGAAAACAACCGAAGUGAUGGGAUAUGGCGAAAACCACAUCUUCAUAAAUGUGACCGACUCCAAGAGACUCCAGACUUUAAUUCCUGCUGAUAUACGUUUACAUGAGUCUGAAGUACAAGAGGGCAGUGAUGCUGAGUUCACCUGUACACCAUCAAAGCCUUUAAACAGAACCCAGACCAGACAGUUGAUUUUAGCAAUUUUAAUAAAAAUUGGAACGAAUGGCUUUGUAGUCAGUUUUUUGGACCCAAACGAGACAAUGGCAACAUUCACGCUCAGGAAGAUCAGGAAGGAUGAUGCUGGAACAUACAGUUGUGUUGUGAUGUUGAACACACUCUUUCAUCCAGAAAAGUGGGUCUAUGGAAAUAAUGUAGACCUUCACAUAACAGCUGCACCUGUGGUGUACUGUAGCACUGGAGAGGUCAAAAUAUUUAUAGUGUCUUUAAUCUUAUUGUUGUUCAUCAUUCUGUUACUGGGAAUUUUGGCAAUGAUCCAAAAGCAAGGAAGUCUUGGAUGCCUUAAUGAAAGAUGUGUGGAGAACGAGGGGGAGACCAGAGAAGUAGUCCGAGUACGCCAUGAAGAAACAGGUGAAGCUGCUUGUGAAAUACAAAGUGUCAGUGAGGUCUCUGAGUGGGAUAAGUUCUCUGAUACUGAUGAAGAACUGAAUAUUUAUCAGGUAUGUUAUCAUAAACAUAUUAAUAAAAAAACUGUAUAUACAGUAUAUUUAGCUACAUUUAUAUGUUUAGUUUGUCUUCCUUUGCUCCCCCAACACCAGAAUGUAUUAAAAAUCAUCUUCAUAUGCCAGUUAAAUGUCUGAUGGGACAAUUUUCUGUAAAAUCAAAAUUUAUUGUACAGCGACAUCUGGAUGUCAAAAAAAAAAAUAAAAUGCCGUGUGUACUAAAGGGUAUGGGGCCCCUAAGGGGACAUGGAGCAAAAAAUAAAUAAAGUUUAAACUUAAACACAUGAAACUAAACGUUAGAUUUUUUAUACUCCAAUGCAGUGUUGUUUUCGUCAACAAUGAUGAUAUCAAAAUUAUUUCAUUGACACACCUUUUUUAUGACGAUAACGCAACGAUGACUAGCUUAAAAUGGCUCUAAGGUGACUAAAACAUGACGAGACGCUUUCAAGUUUUCGUUGACAAGACGGAACGAAAAUGAUUAUAAGUCUGACAUUCACAAUGCAUAUAAUUUCUGCCUAUUUUGCGUGAAAUCUGUCUGUUUUUAGCUAAAAAGUAUCAGCAAUGCUGUCACUUCCUAUCCUUGUAUACUGGGAGACGACGGUAAAUGUGGCCACAAACUAGGUGGGAAGAAUACCACCAACCUCAACUGGCACCUGAAGGCUCAUCACGCUGAUAUUUUUUUAAAGGUAACUAACAAGUCACGCUGUUAACAUAUCAUAUAAAUUUUUCUAGACAAUCGGCUUUUGACACAUUUCAUAAGCUUAAGA